AUGUUCGAACAUAUUUUCGCGAAUAUUGCAAUUCUACAAGCAUUCACGGUUUUCGUUACUUUGGAGAAAAACGAACAAUAUUUGAAAGUUUGGUGGAUUACUGUUUUUUUGAUUUGUUUGACUGCUUGCAUUUUUUCCAUUUAUGGAGUUUACAAAAAAUGGGAUGGAAGUCCGGUGAUUGUAAAUUUUGCGAAUCAGGGAACUCCAAUUUAUCGAAUCCCAUUUCCUGCUGUGACAAUUUGUCCAGAAUCGAAAUCAGUGCAGAAUUUAUUCAGUUAUACGAAAAUUAUGCAAAAGAAGCUUCGACACCGAAAUACGACCCAAGACGAAGACCUGAAAUUUGAAUAUAUGGCUCUUGUGUGCAAAUACCACGAAAAAAUUAAUUACACAAAUCCGAAAACUUUUCCUGAUGAAUUUCUCGACCUCUUAAAUACAAUCAAACCAAAUUUAAUCAAAUGGAAUUGCAUGUAUCUGGGAGAAAAAUACGAUUGUAAUCAAAUGUUUGUUAAAAUUUUAACAGACGAAGGAAUUUGUUACACAUUUAAUAUGUUGGAUAGGACUGACAUAUACAGGGAUAAAGUAUUGCAAUACAAGGACUAUCAACGCUCCCUCUACAAAAUGUCCGAAUGGUCGGUAGAACACGGCUACACUCAAAACGCUCAAUUUUUAGCAUAUCCUCGUCGAGCUUUGCUUGCUGGGGCCUCAAACGGCCUCACUCUUAAUAUACUAACUCCCAAAGAUUACUUGGAUUACGCUUGCCGAAAAAAUUCUCUUCAAGGAUAUAAAGUUAUUUUGCAUUCUCCGAUGAGGAUUCCGCGACCAAGUCAGCAGUAUUUUCGAGUACCUUUAGACCAAAGUGUCGUAGGGGCCGUUCAACCGGUGAUGAUCAGCACUUCGGACAGGGUGCAAAUGUAUCAUCCCAAAAGACGGGGUUGUUAUUUUCCCUCAGAGAGGCAUUUGAAGUUCUUUAAAAUCUAUACUUCGCUCAACUGUAAACUGGAAUGCUUGACGAACUAUACGUUGAGUCGCUGUCAGUGUGUGAAUUUUUUUAUGCCAAGAGAAAAUGGAACAAAGAUGUGUGGUACAGGCAAAAUAACCUGCAUGAGAGAAGCUGAAAGAUUUUUACAAGCGAAGGACUUGUAUUUAAAAUUAUCAGAUAACAAGUCAUUGAAAAAAAACAGCCAAUGCGAUUGUCUUCCGAUUUGUACAGACACAACUUACGAAGUUGAAACUUCACAAAGUGACUGGAAUUGGAAAAUGACCUACAGUGCCCAUGGGACACCCUGGCCAAACGACACCCACUUAUCAUCUCUUACCAUUUUUUUCAAGUCGGACACUUUUAUCACGUCUGAGCGGAACGAACUUUACGGCCCUAUUGACUUUUUGGCAAAUUUUGGGGGGCUUCUUGGCCUUUUUACUGGAUUUUCUGUGCUUUCUCUAAUGGAAAUUUUGUAUUUUUUGUCCGUGAGACUCAUCUGCAAUAAUCGGCUGUAUGGAUUUUGGGCAGGUUCUGAAAUUUAGUUAUACAUUUAUUUAAAUUUGUUACAUUACACACUAAAUAUAAUUCUUGUCAUUUUUUCACAUAAUGAAUAAAUAAAUAAUUUAAA